CGCCCCCUGCGCCCCCUGCGCCCUAGCAUGGCCCUCAAAGUCGACGGGCAGCUCCCUGCCGAGCCCCUCGUGGGCAAACUCGACAAGGCCGACCUCCAGUGGCCGUCGUCGCCCGAGUCCGCUUCGCAUCACAGCCCCAUCGUCGUCGCGUCCUCCCCCGCCUCCUCUGCCUCCUCCUCCUCCCCGCCGCCGCCCGCACCCGGCGCACCAUCGAACGGUCAGUCAGCAGCAAGGUCCGCGGAGGUCGUGGGCAUCGAGGAGAACGGCGGAGGCAAGGGCGCGAAAUCGAAGCCCGCCUCGAGCGUCACCGCAGCCAAACCCGCGUCAGGCCCCGCCGGCGCUAAACCAAAGUCCUCCAAGGCCCGCUCGCCGUCGCCCGCCCCGUCCGCGCCGCCCCAGCCCCUCUGCACCAUCCGCCUCGACAUCAAGCUCGGCGGCCCCGAAGACUAUGAGGUCGACAUCGCCACCCUCAGCAAGGUCACAGGCCAGCGGUCGCCCACUCCCCCGGCCCCCGCGAAGCACGACACCAGCGACGAGAGCAACAGCGAGGGCGACGACGAGGGCGAUGGCAACAAGCUCAAGAAGAAGCGGAGAAAGAAGAAGAACCGUGGGUCCGAGUACUACGACACAACCGACCCUUUCAUCGACGACUCCGAGCUCGCGCAAGACGAGCGGACGUUCUUCGCGCAGACGAAGCAGAAGGGAUUCUAUGUCUCGAGCGGGCAGGUUGCGCUGAUGAAUACUGCUCCAGCAACAAAGAAACCAAAGUCGAAGAAGGUCGUCCUUGCACCAUCUGCAUCUGUCGCGGCCGCCCUUUCAUCGGGCCCCAUACCUGCGUCUCUCGCCGCCUCGCUCUCACAGCCGCUCGUACCAAGUACGUCCAAGCCGCCACCGUCGUCGCCAAAGAAGGUGAAGAUCGAGCAUGGCACCCGUGACGAGCCUAUCACACUGCCCUCUGAUAACGACGACGUCGCGUCGCAAGGCAUCAAGCGGAAAGCAGAGGAGUCGCGUUCCGAGAGCGUUCUAACGGGCUCUCAGGAGAGUGCGAAGAAGCGACGCAAAACCCGCGAGAUCCAACCGUUCCACCCAGAGCUAGAAGAACAUUUCGAAGAGCUGAAGGCCGCGAUCGCCAAAGAGAACUGGGAUGUCAAGGGCAAGUUCCCUCCCGGCCUCAAGCCUGUAUUGGCGAAGAUCGCACUCAAGGCGAUCCUCCUCGGCGAGUACGACGACAACUUCUUCAACAUGAUGCCUACGCUAUUCCCGUACAAUAAAUUCACCAUGACGAAACUGAUCAAGCGGACGGUGUGGCGAGAUCACACGACGCUGCUCGUCGAGCGACAAGAAGCUCUGCUCAAGGAGCUCAAGGUCCUCGCCGACCAAGGCUUCCCGAGGGCGCAAGAGGAAUGGGAGAAGAGCGUCGCGGCGUGGGAGCGCCGGCACGACCGUACGAAGGACACGGCCACCGAGGCCGGCUCGGUCGUGCACUCAGUCGAGGGCACACCGGUACCGGGCGGGUCCGACACGACGACGCCGACGCCCCGCCUCGCGCCGCGGCCAUUCGCUGACGACGGCGGCAAUGACACCGGCAUGGAGCACCACGACGACGAGACGGCGGCGCAGAGCGGGGCGGCGAAGCGGGAUGCGCACCCGCCCGGCAAGAAGUAUCGGCUGACGGACACGAUGAAGGCGAUCAUCUGGCAGCUCGUGUGUCUGAGCAACGAGGUCGUGCGGUUGGAGAACGAGAAGAAUAUUCUGGAGAACAGCAAUCAGGUGGUGAGCGACCAGGGUGUACGGAAGACGCUGUACCAGAAGAUCGUGAACGCCUUCCCUGAAGGUUGGCUGUCAUCUGGGCAGAUCUCUCGCGAAGUGAGCGUCAUGAAGAAGAAAUACGAGAAAGAGGUCAUGGAGAACGAGGCAUGAUCCCCGCUCGCCGUUCCUCGUCUCUGCUUCGCCUGCAUCACUCGCGCAUCUACACUAUUUCUCUGGUCUUGUGUACGUUCGUCUAAUUCGGCACUCACUCUUCCUCGAUGGACGUUCUGUACACCAUUUGUGUUAUUGGUACAUUAUGUUGUAGGCGGUGUAAUGAUAGCUAGGCACGUUGAUGCUUCCCCGGUC